AUGAAGAGGAAGACGAAAGGAAGCAAUCAAUCUGCUCUACAUGACAGACAGAACCCUCUCACGCCUUUGGCAACUUCAUUGAAAGAGGAACUGCAUGGGUUGUCUCCUCUGUCCUCUUUGUGCUGUAUUUACAGAGUUCCUAAGCGACUACGACAUGUAAACGAAAAUGCCUACACACCUCAGGUAGUCUCUAUAGGCCCAUUUCACCAUGGCAAGAAGUCCUUAAAAGCCAUGGAAGAGCAUAAAAAGAGGUACCUACAAGAUUUUCUGUGUCGCACCAACGUAAGCAUGGAGGAUAUUGUAAAGAGAAUAAGGGACCAAGAAGCAAGAGUGCGCAGUUCUUAUGCAGAAACCAUUGAGUUUAGUGUUGAUGAAUUUGUAAGAAUCAUUCUAGUGGAUGCCACUUUCGUCAUUGAGGUCUUAUUGAAGAGCUACUUCCCUGAAUUUCGGAAUGAGAACGACCGCCUUUUUAACAAACCAUGGAUCCUACAGGAUGUAUGGCCUGACUUGCGGUUGCUUGAAAAUCAGUUGCCGUUUUUCAUUCUUGAGGAUCUUUUCAACCUACACGAAACUCAAGUAUCUUCCAACAGUAACCAUACUAUGAGGCUUUCAGUAAUUACUCUUUCUCAUGACUGGUUCAAAACUCGAAUGCUUAUAGAGGGAGCAGAAGGUAGUUUGCAGAGAAUAUGUUCUUCAAAAGUAGAACAUUUUGUUGAUCUUUGUAGAAAUCUGUAUCUACCGUUUUCAUUCGAAUUACAAGCUGCAGGGAAGCUUGAAACUCUAAACACACCCAGCAUUACAGAGCUACACAGGGCUGGGGUUAAGUUUAAGGUGGGUUCAACUCCAAACUUAUUUGACAUACGAUUCGCUGACGGGACUUUGGAAAUUCCAAAGUUCACAAUAAGUGGUGAGACAGAGCUUACAAUAAGGAAUCUGGUUGCUUUUGAACAAUGUCAUUGCAUGGAGAAUUUCAUAAAUGAUUAUGUUGUCAUCAUGGAUCGUUUUGUGAACACCCCAAAGGAUGUAGAGUUGCUUGUUAAGUAUGGGAUUGUUGAAAAUUGGCUUGGUGACAGCAAUGAGGUGUCUACUAUGAUUAACAACCUUGCGGAAGGGGUCACCAUCGAAGCCAAUGACUUCUAUUUUGCUGCUCUUUGUGAAGAUCUGAACAAGUACUGCAGUUCGACGUGGCACAACAGGAUGGCAAAUUUGAGACAAAAUUAUUUCCACACGCCGUGGGCAACUAUCUCUCUCGUUGCUGCUGUUGUUCUCCUCGUACUUACUCUCAUACAAGCAGUGUGCUCUAUAAUCUCUGUUGCUUAA